AUGAAACCUUCUUCUGGAAAUUUGCAACAACAACACCAUCACUUCAAAAAGACCACCAAUCAGACCACUUCUCAUGAUUCUAGUACCAUUCCAAAAACAACCACCUCUUCACCAUUCCGAAGGGAAAUACCACAAACGCCUCUUUCUGCUCGCUCUACGAGUUCGUUUUCAUCCUUCUCUUCUUCUUCACCAGCUUCUGCCAUCACGACGCCAAUAAGCAGUCUGAGUGGAAAUUCAACUCGAUCUUGGGUUUCAUCCUCGACAACGAAUUCUUGUUCCAUUCAUACAGCACCUAAUUUCAAAAUUCAACAACAAGCCAAUAUAUAUUCGCGAAAUUUACACCAUCCACUCAGCCAAACAUCAUCGGAGAGUGGGGGCGAGAUUGUAGAAGAUGACAAUGAUGGUUCUCGUGUUUUUCAAAAACAUGAAAAUGUAGUAGUAUCAACAACACAGGCGACAGAAUCUCAAGAAUUGGAUGAUUUAUGGUUUGUGGAUGAACUUUCCGAUGUGGAGUUGGAUCUUGGCGAAUUUGAAAAUGAACAACCAAUCAUUGUGGAGAAUGCCACUGGUGGGUCGACAACAUUUCAUUCUGACACCGUCAUGACGGUCAGUACAUCCAAUGGUGCCUCCAAUGAAGAAGAAGAAGAAUUUGUCUUGGAGCUUGAUGACGAUUUUGAGGAAGCUCUUCUGUAUGCGGAGGAGACCUCGGCCCAUACAGACAUGUUAAUGAAUGAUGGAGAGACAAUCUCUAAGCCUCAAUGGAACGCUACUUUUAGCACUUCAACAAACAUACCUCAGCCUCCUCCUCCUCCCUCAUACACCCUCACACAAGCCUCAGAAGAACCAAUUGACGUGGCUGAUUUGGAGGAAAUCAUGUGGCAAGACGAGACGCAAUCUGAAAAUCAGCAAUUACAACAAGCCAUAGAGAAUGCUCCCCACAACACCUCUUUCACAGCUUCAGACAAGUUUUCGCUCUACUAUUACAUUCCUGAGCAGAUUGCAGACAAUUACAAACACACCACACUUUAUCCUUGGCAGGUGAGUUUAUUACAUGAUACAGGAGUUUUGGAAGGUCAAAAUCUCAUCUAUUCCUCUCCAACCAGUGGUGGUAAAACACUAGUGAGUGAAAUUGUCAUGGUACGACGAUUGACACAAGACAAAUCAAAGGUAAUCUUCAUUUUGCCAUUUAAAGCCAUUAUUGAGGAAAAAGUUUUGGAUUUGAAUAGCAAAUUUAAGGAUGUUGGAUGGAAAGCAAAUCCUUAUCACUCUGAGGCAGUCCGAAUUUCUGAAAUUGCCUCAUUCAAUGACGACGAUGAACGAGUCAUGGUUUGCACUUUUGAACGAGCUAACAGUAUUCUUAAUGGUCUUAUUUCUUCUGGAAAAAUAGAUGAAAUUGGUGCCAUCAUUAUUGACGAGCUUCACAACAUCACUGAUCCUAAUAGAGGUUACAUACUCGAGCUCAUCCUCACAAAAAUUGUUUACCUAAAGCCCAAAAUUCAAAUCAUUGGCAUGUCAGCCACGUUACACAAUGUGGAAAAGUUGGCUAAUUUUUUGAAUGCACACCUCUUCGUCACUGAUUAUCGGCCUGUACCACUCUCCGAAUAUCUCGUUCACAAUGGAAAAGUUUUUAAUGUGUAUAACAAGACAAGGGGAAAAACUACCUCGCAUGAAGUAGGCCGUGGAAUGAAUGGAGACACUUCGUUUGUGCGCGAAUUACCUAAACCAACGAUCAAUGCCAAUAUGCGAGUCAUACCAGACAGAUUCAACAUUUUCAUACUUUCCCUACUUGACACCAAUUUCUCAACCCUUAUAUUUUGUAGUUCUAAAGCCAAAUGUAAAUCAUACGCCAAAUUUAUUGCAACGCAAUACUUUCAAGAAACCAUAACCGAGCACUUACAGCAACAGAGGCAAGAAGCAAUCAAUAGGUUACGCUUUUCAUCGUCUGGAUUGGAUCCUGACUUGAAAAUUUGCCUCGAGCAUGGUGUUGGCUUUCAUUAUUCUUCGCUCACGAUGGAAGAGAAGAAACUUGUGGAAUCUUCGUUCAGGAAUGGAAUGAUCAAAGUACUGCUAUGUACAACCACCUUAGCAACAGGAGUAAAUUUACCAGCUAGGCGUGUCAUUAUCACAUCUCUAAGCAUGGGAACAGAUGUGUUGGAUAUGGCCACAUACAAACAAGCAUCCGGACGAGCUGGUAGAGCUGGAAUUGACGUCACUGGCGAAUCAUAUCUUUUCGUACCUUCUCUAGAACAAGGAAACAAGUUACUAUCAUCGAACUUUGCCUCAAUGAUUUCAUGCCUCAAUGAGAAGCAAAUUUCAAGGGCUCUUUUAGAAAAUAUUUCUACUGGCACUAUUAAGACUGCAGAUGAUAUUGAACGAUUCCUAAGUUGUACUUUUCUUUCAAAAUGUAAAACACCCCACGAGAUUCAGCAAUUGUCCAAGAAUGCACGAUUGUUUCUUCAUGAAAAAGGAUUUAUUGAAUGGGUUGAAAAAACACAAUCCUUUGUUUGUACCGAUCUUGGAAAAUCAACACAAGUGUCGAAUAUUGGCUUACAGGAAGCUCUAGAAUAUUAUGCGGCUAUGAAACAAUGUGAACAAGGGUUUUAUCUAGCAGACGAUUUGGGUAUUCUUUUCUUACUUGCUUCUUUUGUCCCCGAAGGAUACAACAACGAAGACAGGUUGAGAGAUGAUGCGGAGAGAAUCAUGGAAAUAGGUCACUCACGUAAACAAUUCCGACAAUUUAUUGAAAAGCAAGAUAUUGGAUUUUCUCAAUUUAAAGAAGCCAUUGCGUAUUAUAUGGUUGAUAAGACCCCACUAUUGAAAUUGAAAAAUUAUAUCUAUGCUCUGAGAAGAACAUUUAUUUUAUUUGACAUUACACGAGAAUGCAAAAUCGAUUGGAUUUCCACAACAUACUAUAAUAGUGUGGAUCACAGAGGAAUCGUUCAGUCUAUUCAGCGAGAUGCAGCCGCAAAAGCAUCCGUGCUCUCGACUUUUUCAUCCAACAUUUCGAUUUCCCCCAUUUUUUUCGACUCUUUUCGAAGAAUUAAGGAAAUGCUAUUGUGUGGAGUGCCUCAAGAUCUUGUACCGCUUGUUCAACUUCCCUUUGUUGGCUCCUCUACUGCAAGGCUAUUAUUCAAAGAAGGAUACAAGUGCAUACGCCAGGUUGCAGAAGAGGAUCCCUACAUCAUUGAGAGCAUCAUUUCAAAACAUUGUAAAAAUGGAGAGCAGUCCAGAGCCUUUGAUAUUGUUGAAGGAGCAAAGGAAAUUGUCAAGCAAAAUGUUCUACCACGUGAUUGGAUUGAUGGACGUGAAGAAGAUCCAGAUCAAAAUAUGGGCAAACGAAAGAAAAAGUCUCGCCUUAAAGCUGAGCCGAAAAAGAAAAAAGAAGAUGCUAUUAUUGAAAUUAAGUCAGAUGAUGACAGCAAAUUGUUGGAGUUUGAAAAUGAUUGGAAUACCUGCUUUGCAUUUUCAUUUUGCUUCGAGUUUGGACUUCAAAAGAAAAAAGACAAUCCCACUUCUUUUAUUAAGAACAGGGACCAAUAUUUUGUCAAAGCGUUGGCAAUAUGUUUCAACACGGAACAUGAAACUGUCUUGAUGAACAAUAGCUGUGAGACAAUUAAUCCAAACGCUCCAUCCAAAUCUUACUUUAUCCAUCUCUCUAAAAGUGAAAAGAGAAAGGAUCUUAUCAAGAAAAUAUUUUCGGAUGGCUCUCGUAAGAAAAUUACAUAUUCCCUCAAGAAGCAACAAACAAAGUUACUACAGUGUUGGAACUUUAUAGUGAGAGAUCCUAUUUUGGACGUGAUGAUUGCAGAGUGGGUUCAAUACCCUGAUGACUCGGAAAAUGAGAAUUCUUUAGAGGAAAUUUAUGUCAAGUGCUUUCCUUCCAAACAAUUUUUGUUUUCACCGAGCAACAACGACCAUGUCAUUGUCAAGACAGCCGCUCAGUGUUGGCCCAUUAUUGCGCUAUUAGCAGUGCGUAUCCACAGCUACAACCUGUCUGGCAUGUUUGAGUUUGAGAUGAGCUUUGUAAAAGUUCUCAGCACAAUGGAGAAGAAUGGAAUUCGGUUUGACUAUGACUGGAUCAAACGAAACAAUUCAAUUAUUGACGCACGGCUACAAGAGAUUGACAGUGAGCUUAAUAGUCUUCAAGUUCUCGAUGGAAGAGGCAUCAAAACUUGCAACAAUGAUGAUGUUGCCUUUCUUUUAUUUGAUAAACUCAAGAUGCGAGGGACUGAGAGAAAAACAAACAAGGAAAUUUUGGAAAAGUUGAAAAAGCUGUACCCUGAUAAGGCCCAUAUUAUGUCACUCAUUAGCGAGUACCGAUAUUUGUUGAAUAUCAAAACACACCACAUUCAAAACAUGCCCAAUGAUAUCAAAUUCUGUGCCAACAGAUCAGAAUAUCGUAUAUUUGCAUCUCAAAUGCAAACAACAUCUGCAACUGGAAGAUUGAGUGUUAAAAAUCCCAAUCUUCAAAACAUUCCAAAGGAUAUUACCAUCAAGAAUCCACGUUUUGGAGUUGGUGGAGAUUUAAAUGAGAAUAUUGUAGUUAGCAUUCGCAGUGGUUUUAUUCCUAGAAAAGGUUUUACCAUGCUCUCGGUGGAUUACAAAAAUAUAGAAUUGAGAAUUCUGGCUCACUUUUCAAAAGAUCCAGCUCUUACUGAAAUCUUGAAGAACGAAUCAAGAGAUAUUUUCGAAGAGAUUGCACGAAAUUUUUGGAACAUACCAGAAGGAGAGGUCAUUCCUCAGACUUAUCGAAGCUUGGUGAAACAAAUUAUCUAUGGAAUAUCUUAUUGCAUGGGAGCUGCAACUCUCUCUGAGAAAAUGUUUAACAGCGAAAAUGAAGAUCAAUUACUGAGACCAGGUGAAGACAAAAUAGAAGCUGCAGAACGAUACAAGCAACAAUUUUUUGAAAAGUAUCACCACCUCAAAAUGUUUAAAGAUAAGGUGGAAGCUACUCUCGUUGAAAAGCAUUGGGUCACCACACUCUUUCAUAGAAAGAGAUUUAUGCAUGAUAUUGCCUCGACAGAUUCUUCCUGUAGAGCUGCGGCGAGAAGGGCUGCUCUCAACACUGUCAGUCAAGGCUCAGCCUCCGACAUUAUGAAAAUUGUCAUGCUUGGUAUUUAUAAUUUUAUGAGACAUUUCAAUCGAAAGGAAAUGAGAGCCUACAUGCUUGUUCAAAUACAUGACGAGUUGCUCUUUGAGGUUAAGGAGGAAAGUCUGAAAAUAUUCACAUGGUGUGUGAAGAGUAUCAUGGAGACCACCUGCAAGCUGAGAGUACCUCUCGGUGUAAAGUGUCAAAUUGGUGACUCAUGGGGAACCUUGAAAGAUUUCCAGGUUGAUGUAAGAACAAUUUCCCAAGAGGAGAAGCAAGAAUUAGCCAAGCUCGAGGAGUCACUCGGUAUAGGAUGGGCCAAGCGUUUACACAUUCGAGAGCUAGGUCUUCUUCCACACCACGAAGAGCUGCCAGAGGACAAUGAAGAUCAAGACCGCAAUGAUGACGACGAAGAGGCUUGGCAAGUUGACUCUCCUUCUAAUUGA